AUGUCACUUCCUCAGCGAUCCGCAUCCUCAAGAGCCAGUGUUUUGACCGACGGCAUGGAGAAGCCACUGCUGGACAACCGCACAUACCGAGUCGUGCGACUCGCGAACGACCUGGAGGCGCUACUGAUUCAUGAUCCCGACACGGACAAGGCGAGCGCGGCUAUGGAUGUCAACAUUGGCAGUUUCAGCGAUGCCGACGACAUGCCCGGUAUGGCUCACGCCGUCGAGCACCUGCUAUUCAUGGGAACUGAAAAGGCACGUCAAUUUCCCGUCGAGAACGAAUACAACCAGUACCUGCAACGAUACGGCGGUUACUCAAAUGCCUUUACCGCCUCAUGCGACACGAAUUACUACUUUGAGCUCUCGGCCUCGUCCACCGCCACCAGCCAGCAGUCGUCGCUGAGCAGCGCCGAAUCCCUCCCCAUUGAGAAGUCGCAAGCCCCGCUCUACGGCGCCCUCGAUCGCUUCGCCCAAUUCUUUAUCCACCCGCUAUUCCUUGAAGACACGCUGGAUCGCGAGUUGCGUGCCGUCGACUCGGAGAACAAGAAGAACCUGCAGGCAGACAACUGGCGUCUACACCAACUGAACAAGAGUCUGUCCAACAAGAAGCACCCCUUCAACAAGUUCUCGACCGGCAACUACAAGGUCUUGCACGAUGAUCCCAUUGCUCGUGGCGUCAAGAUUCGCGACGAGUUCAUCAACUUCUACCGCGCAAACUACUCUGCCAACCGCAUGAAGCUUGCUGUUCUUGGUCGUGAGCAGCUGGACGAGCUGGAAUCUUGGGUCACCGAACUCUUCUCAGAUGUCCCCAACCAGAACUUGCCCAAGUUGCGCUGGGAUGGUAUACCCGCCAUGACAGAGGCCGAGCUGGGCACCCAGAUCUUUGUCAAGCCCGUCAUGGACAUGCGCCUGCUCGAUAUGCACUUCGUUUAUGCCGACGAGGAGGAUCUUUGGGAGUCUCAGCCAGCCAAGUACCUCAGCCACCUUAUUGGUCACGAAGGCCCUGGCUCUAUUCUCGCUUACAUCAAGGCAAAGGGCUGGGCUAAUGGUCUCGGUGCUGGCCCCAUGAACAUCUGUCCUGGUACCUCGCAUUUCUCAAUCUCCAUUCGACUUACCGAGGACGGUCUCAAGAAUUACCAACAGGUUGUCAAGGCUGUCUUCCAAUAUCUCGCCAUGGUCAAGGAGCAUCCACCACAGGAAUGGAUCGUUGACGAGAUGGCCAAGCUUGCAGAGGUUGACUUCCGUUUCCGCCAAAAGAUUCCUGCCAGUCGUACUGUCAGCGCCUUGAGUGGCGUCAUGCAAAAGUCCUUCCCUCGUGACAAGUUGCUCAGCGCUCAGUCUCUGAUCUGGAAGUUCGACUCGAACGCUAUUCAGCGCGGUAUUGACUACCUCCGUCCCGACAACUUCCGUAUCACUCUUGUCUCUCAAGAAUACCCCGGAAAUUGGGACCAGAAGGAGCAGUGGUACGGUACUGAAUACAAGUACGAGAAGAUGCCCGCAGAGUUUAUGAAGGAGUUGGAGGCUGCCAGCAAAGCCACUUCAUCCCAGCGUCCAUCUGAGUUGCAUAUGCCUGCUAAGAACGAAUUUGUGCCGUCUCGUCUUGAUGUAGAAGUCAAGGAGGUCGAGAAGCCUGCUGUUGCACCAAAGCUUAUUCGUAACGAUGUCAAUGUUCGCACAUGGUGGAAGAAAGACGACCAGUUCUGGGCACCCAAGGCGAACGUCAAGAUUUUCUUCAGAUCACCCCUGGUCAGCAUGUCUGCUCUCACCGCAGUCACUACCCAACUGUACAAGGAUUUGAUUGAAGACUCUUUGACUGAAUACUCUUACGACGCAGAGCUCGCUGGCCUCGAGUAUGAUCUUCAGAACCACGCUCAAGGCUUUGACGUGACUGUCAGUGGUUACAACGACAAGAUGGCUGUUCUUCUCGAAAAGGUCUUGGUUGCUAUGCGCGAUCUCGAGAUCAAGAAGGACCGUUUCGACAUCAUCAAAGAUCGCACUCUUCGAGGCUGGCGCAACUUUGGAUAUCAACAACCUUUCCACCAGAUCAGCACCUACAGCAGAUGGCUAGUGGCCGAAAAGGGUUUCAUCGUUGACCAACUGCUGGAGGAGCUCGACCAAGUCACUGCUGACGAUGUUCGCAACUUCUUCCCUCAAAUUUUGAACCAGAUGCACAUCGAAGUCCUCGCUCACGGCAACCUUUACCGCGAAGAUGCACUCAAGAUGACUGAUCUGGUUGAGUCUAUCAUGAAGCCCAAGACUCUUCCUGCUGGUCAAUGGCCUCUCCGUCGCUCUAUUGUUCCUCCUCAAGGCAGCAACUUCGUCUAUGAGCGCACACUCAAGGAUCCGCAGAACGUCAACCACUGUAUCGACUACCAACUCUUCACCGGUCUCCUGACUGAUCGUUCGAACCGUGCCAAGCUUCUUCUUUUCGCACAAAUGUCAGACGAAGGCUGCUUUGACACUCUUCGAUCGAAAGAGCAGCUCGGCUAUGUUGUGCAGUCCAUGCCGCUCAUGCUUACUGCCAUCUCCGGUUGGCGUGUAUUGAUCCAGUCUGAGAGGUCGCCCGAAUACCUCGAGAAGCGCAUUGAUGUCUUCUUGAACACAUUUGGUGACAACCUCAAGAACAAGAUGAAUGAUGAAGAGUUCGAGUCACACAAAACAGCUCUGAUCAACAAACGUUUGGAAAAGAUGAAGAAUCUCAACCAAGAGAGCGGUCGUUUCUGGCACCACGUUACCAGCGAGGCCUUUGACUUUGAGCUUGUUUACCGUGACGUCGAGCACAUUGAACCCAUUACCAAGCAAGAUAUGAUCGACUUCUUCAACACACACAUUGACCCUGCUUCCAAGACACGCGCAAAGAUCUCUACUCAUCUGCUCGCUCAAGCGACGUCAGCUGAUGCCGACAGUAGCAAGUUGUCGGAGAAGACCGGAGAAGGUGUCAAGGACGAGACUGCCAGUGCUACAAGCUCCGAGCGCAGAGUCGACGAACAGAUGCAACAAGUCGGCACUCCCAUCAGGAUUGAAGACGUCAGAAGCUUCAAGGCUCGCAUGCCUCUUUCGGAGGCCAUGAGACCUGUCAAGGACUUGGUCGAAUUUGAGGAUUCAGGCGCCAAACUCUAA